GUGUGACAUUGGUACUUUACAGUAAGUAAAUUAGCUGAAUAGUUGAAUAGUUCUGCCACUGAUUACACCUUACAACUCAUGGAAAUCAAAACUCCAUAUCUUAGAAAAUUAGACUUAACAAGACAGAAAGAUUGAUCAGAGAAGAGCUUUUAAUCUCUGUCAGGUUCAGUACUUCAUGCUUCUGUCUGUUGACAGACGUCAUGGAGAUACUGGUUUCCUGUUCCAGCAGGACAUAGCUACCCAGUGCCAAAAUGAGUAGUAACUGGUUUUAUGAAGAUGGUUCAGCUUCAUUAGCCAGGGCGCUCAUAACAAGGCAACCACCUGCCUGGCAGCGUUUUGUCACUGAAUGUUCUGGACAUUAACUGACAAGAGAGAGAGACAUGCUAAUCAGCUAGCGUUAGCUUACGUCACGUUGACAACUACAGGCUGCCUGCAGACAGCGGCGGCAAUGUAAGUUACUGGAAUAUUUUAAUUGAAUGUCGAGCUAAGAAAAUGAUAAGCUGUGCUACACCCAACAUGCACAGAUAAUUAUUUCCCCACUACCACUGCUUGUGCUGCGUUCCAUUAACUUCGGAACUGGGAAAUCGGGGUUUACGUCAAAUCCAGUUUCUUGCUUGUUUUUGUUCGUAUUGCUAGCAACUGUAACAGCAAUCUUACAGCAAUAACACUGUUCUACGUGGUAUUUCGUGCAUAUAAACAACGUUGAAACAUCGCGUCUUAUAAACACUGAAAAGUAGUACGAAAAUUCCGACUUCUGAGUACAAAUGGAACGCAUUAUAGUCCUUCCUCUUCUGACGGCCAAUCACAGAGGACAGGGACUUUAACCAAUCAUAUGUAGCCAUGUGAUGCCGACCGGAUGUGCCUGCGAGCAGAGACCUCUUUCUCGUUCGCUCGGCAGUGAUAUGCCACCAGAAACACAGCUGUACACUAGAAAUCAAAUAACUGAAAUAAGAUACUGUUCAUAGAUAUUUACUGCGGGCAGGUUUACUGUCUUUAUAUUGAUCAUGAAAAUAGCCACAAUAAUUUUCUGUUACUGUAUAUCACAUUUUUGAACUUUAUUUUGUGACAUUUAGAGGUGACAGUGACCUGGUCAAUAAUUGAAUAGCCUAUCACCGAGACUAGUCAAUAUUUGGACGGCCAAUCGCAGGGCGAAAUCAAUCUUUGUGUUAGCCAAUCACUGGAACGCUUCAAUCUUUUGGGCGGCCAAUCGCUGGGGGGAGCAGAAUCUUAAAUGUCCCGCCUACCCGGUACCGGCAACUUGAUGACCAGAGCUCAUUGUUGGUGCUCUGUCGUCGGUUUGGGUAAGACUUUUGCAUGCAUUGUUGAAUAUUCUGUUAUUUUUAUUAUAUACGAUAUAAUUAGCCUGUUUGUUGCCGCUAAAGUUGUCCGUAGUUGGCUAAAGCAGUCCAGUUGACAAUCUGUCAGGUUCAUAUUAAUGCAAUCUAAAACAAAUGUAAUGCUUUACCAUCUCAACAAAUACAACUUAGCAUGUGUUGCUACCAUGUUCAUCCAAGAGUAAAAAUAACAUUAUUUAUUUUAUAGGGAAACACCAUAGAAUCUAUAAGGAUAUGUGUUUAUUUUUAUUUUAUUUCAGUGCUGAUAUCAAGCCCUGGCUGUUAGUAUGAAUAGGUGUUUUAUAUUGUGUUGCAUACAUGUCUUUGUAAUCCACCCUUUUGGGUACUUGCUGUGAUGAGUUUAUAAUGCAAUAUGAAUAAAAUUGCUUAUCUGUCAUUACAGAAAAUGUCUAAACAAAACUCCAAAAGCCACAAGGCUAUGGAUGAUAACGAGUGGUUCUCUAGACUGAGGUCUUUUGCCUCCACUGGUGUCUGGCUAGGGUUAGGGCUGGACAGCUCUGACUGAGAAGCAACUAGAUCGGCAAAUUACGAAGGAAGAGUUGAAGCAGCACUGCAGGAGGAGGACGCGUGGAGAAGAGCAAACCAUCCAGCUGUUGGAUCAGCUCAUCGGUGAACUCAUCAGUGACAGGGGAAAGGAUUCGCUUGGUGUUCCUCUUCUGGACCCCAUCCGAAUGCAGCACAUCUGGUUUGUGCAGAAAAGGCAUGUGAAGUGCAUUCAGGACCCACCCGAUGUAGCGCUGUACACACAAACUGGCACCAUCAUUAAGGGAGGAGUCCAGCUGCAGACCCUGCGCUGUGCCAGAGGUUCAACAUCUUUGGAGUCUUUCCACUGCCACUUAAACCGGUUCAUUCCAGGAAACAGUGCCAACUCCCUUAACUUCCAGAUCUACCUUUUGGAAGGGCUACAUUGCUGGAACCACAACAGGGCAACUGCUGCUGUAGAGACAGAAACCUCUGGUUUGCGCAUCUACUCUGGCGAACUGGUUCAUAGUGUGAACACCGAUUAUGAGAGGGUUUUCGGCAAAAAGCUGGUUCCCUCUUUUACACCACCUGCAAAAUACACAGGUAUUCAAUACUGUGAACUGAUAGGAGUGCAGUACCUGCUGAGGCAGAAUAAUGAACCACUGCAGGAUAUGGCACCAGAUUCUGAGGAGGCAGAUGCAUUGCUGGAGCAAAUAGAAGUACAACAGCCAGUAGAGGCCGAUGAGGGCUUUGAGGAACUUGAGAGUAUUGAGGUUUCACUUGCAGAUUUACUUCUGGACACAUCCAAUGUGAUCUCAGUGCUUCCUGACUACCACCCUAUACCUCAGCCUACUCCACCCACUGCUGAGUCCCCACACCUGCCGGGGCUCCAGCCUGCGUCCUCUGCUGUGGUCCAGUCCACUGUUUCGUCGGGGUUACCUGGGCAAACUACAUCUUCAGAGCAAGUUGCCGUGGAUGAACACAGUAGGGCAGGAAUGGAUCGUGUUGAUGUGCUUGCGGAGUACUUGGUGGAGCUACGAAAGGAAAAAGGCCUAACUCUUACCAACCAGCAGGCCAACACCAUUGUGGGUCUUUGGCAUAAAUUGGAGCAAAAUGAUAAAGACCGGAUUUUGUAUGCUGCACGACAUCAGGAACGACUGCUCACUGGUCGAUUUAGGUCACCCAAAAAGAAGGCUGUUUAUGCAGGAGUUGAAAGCACAAAAAGGUGUGUACUUAUAUAUACGAUGUUAAUGUGUGUAUAUAUGUUCAUUUAUAUAUAUGAUGUUAAUGUGUGUAUAUAUGUUCAUUUAUAUAUACGAUGUUAAUGUGUGUAUAUAUG